AUGUCCAGCAAGAGCGAUGGGGACGAGGACACUCAUACCCAGUAUUGGAACCCGACCGAGGAUGCACAGAGGACACCUCUGUCUCAUUUCAAGUCUCCGCGGUCUAUCACUCCGAAGGGUCCGUUGUUUCCCAAUCUAGGAGAGGCACACCAAGCGAUCACUUCGAGACUGGUGUCCAGGUCUACUACAAACCAGCCUCCUGCCGCACAUAUCGAGCCGGUGCCUUCUUCCUCUUCCACUUCGUUUGUCAAUGUCUCUAGCUUGUCUGACUUAGCGACUGGCAAACCGGACCCCCCGUCUCGACAGCGGUAUUUGACGCCCUGUUCAGCUUCUGCUUCAACAGGUGCCGACUCGGCCAAGACACCAACUGAUCCCUCCCCGGUCGUAUCUGGCCUCGAGUCAUCCAGCGCCAGCAACUCUGUCAGAGAUCGCCUGAACCAGGGCGCCAAAGCAGAUCCUGCUGGCUUACCAGUCUCAGAAGCUGGUAAUUCCAUGGAGGACAUCUACAGUUAUUACCACAAGCCCUCUCCUGGAACUGAGCCGUCGGGAAUACUCAGCAAUUGCCAGUCCCGGGCUGCCAUUGGUGCACAUUCGGACAGCUCUCAUCAGCACAACCCCAAAGAAAAUCUCUCCCGCGCAACAUCCAAGGGACCUCGACUGUCUCCGCACAAACCGGUGCAUUCAUCGGAUAACGAGUCUUAUUCUACACAGAAGCCUUUCGAUGGCGUCCAAAAUUUCAGUCGCCCUGUCUUGUCACUUCAAUCUGUUUCCCACCCUCACGACUGGAUAGCAGUGUCCAGCAACCCAGGUGAGGUCAGCAGAGUCGAUUCGACCUCCAUAAACCUGGCAGCCAGGAAUUAUUCAGCCAUUAGCCAGUCAACCGCCAAUCCUGUCGCCUCGGAUGUUGUUGUUUACGGCAGGGUUCCUCCUUACUCCUGUACCGGCAGCUUACAUGAUCGGGGGUACGGGGAGGCCAAGGAGAGUCACGGAGAGACAUCUGAUGACUUGUCUUCUGACUCCGACGAGGAUCCGUUCAAGUAUGACCGUGAUUCCUUCACCGUUUUUUUACAACCCUCAAGGGAGAGAGAAGUGAGUGCCGCGCUUCGUUGCGUGAGCGCUGACAGCGCGGCUUCGAUCAGUGGCAUCUCCUGCCACACACCAUCACAACGGCCGAAUAACACACCGCGUGUUGGCCAUACCACAAAUCCGUUUGCCAACCGACUGCAACGUUACCAGACCUCUAUUGUUGAUCAUGACUGGGAAAGUGGAGACGCGUCAAAUGAGGUCAAGAUUUCUGUUCGCCCUCCGAAAGCGCCGCCUAACUCGCCAGUCGAGGCGGCAUCUGGUGUUAGGGAUCAUGUCGAGGGACCAGGAAGUGGGCACGACAGGAAGAAUGUCAACACACUCAUGAGCGAUGGUGCUGACUGGGAAACCGUCGCCACCAGUGUCGGUCAGUUUGACAGCAACCGUGCCCUUGCUUCCUCCAGCGGCUUGAGCGGUAGCCAUCUGGUGAAAGUCACAGGCAGCAGCAUUGCAGAUUAUUCGGAUACUAGUAGCAUUCAUGUGCCUCACUUCGACGCCUUCUCGUCCACGGAGCAAAUCCUGCCGCAACAGGCCUCCGAGAACAUGAGCAAUACCUCUCAUCCUCGGGCCCUGAAUGGCCCUGGCCGCCCAGUCUUCCUGCCGAAGCCACGAAUUCAUCGAGUCAAUGGCUAUCUUCAGAAUUCUCGCCGCAUGUUCACCGACACAACCACCGGUAGCAGCGCGAACUCGUCCCGGAACGCCCUGGUUGAGAAGCUCAGCGCUUCAAUCCGGUCUCGCAGCGCCAGGAAGCGCGCGCAGCUGCUGCAACGAUGCUCCAACGAGCAGUGGCCUAAGUCGAGGUUUGAGUCCCUGGAGUCACUCUCGUCGACCUACUCAGAGCAACCUAGUGUUACAGACAGUGCCCCAAUGGCUAGCAGCGCUUGUGAAGGCGGAUCAACACUGGUUGCUGUCAACGAGAAUGCUGGAGGGAUUGUUAUGGUAAGACGCGGGAAAGAGGGAAGACAGACCCAGGAGAGCAAAAGAGGUAUACUGGCCUCCCCUCUCGCGGGGGAGCCCUCCGCCGGCCACGCAAAAGACAAGCAACCUACCGACUCUUCCCACUCACCCAGGUCCUUUGAUUCGCCGACCUUGUUUUCAUUCCCCUUAAUUAGCUUACAAGAGGCGGCUAGGCGAGCGGCAAAUAGGAGCCAUAAUGAUGACGAUCGCACAGUUACCAGCAAAGGAAGGACGCACAAGAACUCAAGUAUGGUCUCUUCGAAGGCAAACCAGAAAACUGCGCCACCCACCCCUCAAGUCACGGAGCCUAUGCACGCUCACACUCGCCGCCCUACGUCCGCCAGCAUUCUUGGUAUUAGGGCAACUCAUCAGGACUCUCCUGUCCGCUCACAAGACCGCAUCGCGCUCGGCUGUAACCGCGUAAGCUCCUACAGGAGCGGAUCACCGCUUUCAUGUGGGCGCUCCGCUCUCUCGCGAACCUUCGACCCAAUGGCCGACAGCACCUCUCAACAAAGCAUCUUUCCAGGUGGCCAGCAAUCUGUCUUCCGCAUCCGACCCUGCCUCAUUGCACGCGACCAGCGCAAUACAAGCCGUAGCGCUACCGUAAUGAGGACCAUGACCGCUGAUUUGCACCGCAUUGCUACCGCCACGGAAACCAGCCGCGGCCACACAGGCACCAACAUCAGCUUACGCAGCGGGCACUACCCACUUCCAUGCCGCGGUACUGUCGUUGAUGACUACUUCUUCCCGACCGACAGCGUCAAUGAAGAGGCAUAUCUCUCCUGGGAGGCGCGUCGGCGCCGACGCGUGUGCUACUAUGCCAUGUGUGUUUUGUCCGCUUUCCCGUUCUUCGCCCCCCUCGUGUACAGGGGAACCUUCGACUCGGCGCUGUCGUGGUAUACGCGUGGCGAGACAGGUUCCUUGACGCGCCGGCAGCGGCGAAAUGUCCUGGUCGUCGGCGUGGUGUUUGCUGGCUUGUGGCUAGUUGUGCUAGCAGUCUUUGUCACGAUCGUGGUGAAUCGGCGGGUGGGUUAG